CAGAAGUAAAAAAAAGUUAACCGGCUUAGACUUUUAUCCAGAAUAAUUCUAAUUCAAACACGAACUUGACAAGCUAACCCAACCCGACUUAAACUACGAACUUGCAAGUAAGCGAUAGAAAACCCCUCCAAAACCCUGUUCUCUCUCCUUCUUCCAUUCUCCAUAACCAGCAUAGAAAAAUGCAAGUAAUUCUAACAACACCAUCACCAACCAACACACCACCUUAUCUUCACACUUUCAAUGACCCCAUUUCACCAUUUUCAUCCCCAAUUCAACCUCACAAUCUCUCUCUGAACUACAAACCAAAACUGGGUUUGGGUUCGGGUCGGGUUGAAGCAGUUAAAGGGUCUGGGUCUGGUGGUGGUACUGGGUUAUUCUCUGCAAUUGGGCGUGCAAUUGAAGAAGAGGAGUAUAGAAAAGCUAGGGCUGAAGUUCAGAGAAAAGGGUUUGAAAUUGAAGGUUAUUCUGUUGAAGGUUUAUCUGUUGGUGGCCAUGAAACUUGUGUUAUUAUUCCUGAAUUCAAGGUUGCUUUUGAUAUUGGGAGGUGCCCUUUACGCGCUGUUCAUCAGAAUUUUGUGUGCAUUACUCAUGCUCAUCUUGAUCAUAUUGGAGGUUUACCAAUGUAUGUAGCAACUCGCGCUCUUUAUAGCUUGAAACCACCGACCAUCUUUGUGCCACCUAGCAUUAAAGAUGAUGUAGAGGAGUUAUUCGACAUUCAUAGAUCCAUGGGCCAAGUGGAGCUUGAUUUCGAUUUAGUAGCUCUUGAUGUUGGGGAAACAUAUGAAUUACGGAACGACCUUGUUGUGCGACCAUUCAAGACUCAUCAUGUUAUACCCAGCCAGGGAUAUGUUAUAUACUCAAUUAGAAAAAAGUUGAAGAAACAAUACAUUCAUUUAAAAGGAAAGCAAAUUGAAAAGCUGAAGAAGUCUGGUGUUGAGAUCACAGACAAGAUAUUGUCUCCAGAGGUGGCAUUCACUGGAGAUACAACAUCUGAUUUUUUGCUUGAGCCACGUAAUGCAGAUGCACUGAGGGCAAAACUUCUUAUUACUGAGGCAACUUUUCUAGAUGAUGGAUUCAGCGUUGAAGAUGCACGCCAGCGCGGUCACACUCAUUUAUUUGAGCUUAUUGAACACGCCCAAUGGAUACGAAACAAAACUGUUAUGUUGACGCAUUUCUCUUCCCGCUAUCAUCUUGAGGAUAUUCGUCAAGCUGUAUCGAAGUUGCAGGCCAAGGUAUCAGCAAAAGUAGUCCCCCUUACAGAAGGCUUUAAGUCUAUGUAUUCAUAAACUCGGGAACGGAAUUGUUUUUAGGGCUUCGUAAUUAUCCCCAUUGUAACUAUAUAAUUGAUGUUUUAGAAUUUACUAAUCAGACACUCCCCUUUUUUAGCUGAGUUCUUUAUCUGAUCCCAUUUCAGUGGGUUUCUAAACUACUUUGUAUUUUAUGGUGGUGUUAAAUGUAUAUAUUCUAUAAAUAUAGUAAAUGGGGAAAAAUAGCACCAUGUAAUGGUCCUUGUACAAAGCUUUUUAUGCAUCAGAAGGGAAAAAUAUUCAGGUAUACGAACUGAAGACGAAAAGCCCAAG